AUGGACAUUUUUUUUAAAAGCUGUGGUUCUCGGUGGCUACUGCCCAUCAGUGAUUAUUUGGGAUUUCCUCUGGAAAUGGUGAACUUCAUGGCAUGUCAGCUGUUUGCUCUGCUGUCUGCCUUCUGGUUUCGUCUCUACCUCACUCCUCGCCACAGCAACCCCCUGGUGAGGCACACAGUGGCCACUCUGCUCGGCAUCAUCUUCCUCAUCUUCUGCUUUGGAUGGUCCUCCACUCAUUUCUUGGCAACGGUUCUUGCAAACUAUCUUAUUAUGACCCAGGCUAACAUCAACCAUGUGCACAGAUAUACCAUGGUCAUGGCAAUGGGAUACCUGACUGUGUGCCAAGUCAGCAGAGUCGUCAUCUUUAAAUAUGGAAUACUGUCCACGGACUUUUCCGGGCCACUGAUGAUAGUGACCCAGAAGAUUACCUCACUUGCGUUCCAGCUCCAUGAUGGAAUGUGUAAGAAAGCUGAAGAACUGACCACAGAACAGAAGCUGCUGGCACUAAAUGUGAGACCUUCUCUCCUGGAGUACCUGAGUUACAAUCUUAACUUCUUGAGCGUCUUGGUAGGUCCGUUCAACAACUACAAAGACUACAUCGACUUCAUUGAGGGCACAAAUAUCAGCAGUCGACUAAGGCGACAGUCUAGCAUGCGUAACGGACAGAAUGACAACUAUAAAAUUCAAGACCCGUCACCUCUGAAUGCUGUGUGUAAAAAGUUGUUGGUGUGCUCUGGCUGCAUGCUCUUCUUUCUCAUCAUCACACGGUCGUUGCCAAUAAUGUACAACGUCAACCCCCACUUUGUCAGCCAUGCACCUUUCAUCACGCGACUCACCUACAGUCUCUUUUCAAUGCAAGCUGCAAGACCUAAAUUCUACUUUGCUUGGACAUUAGGUGAUGCUAUCAACAACGCUGCCGGUUUUGGUUUCUCAGGCAUGGAUGAAAAUGGAAAAGCUUCUUGGAACCUCAUCAGUAACUUGAACAUCAUUGGGAUUGAGACGGCAUCAAGCUACAAGACUUUCAUAGACAACUGGAACAUACAAACUGGAAAUUGGCUUAAAAUGGUGUGUUAUGACCGAGCACAGCAUCACCGCCUAGCACUGACCUUCAUCCUGUCUGCCUUGUGGCACGGUGCAUACCCAGGAUACUAUUUCUCUUUUAUCACCGCCAUCCUGAUCACAUUGGUAGCACGAGCUGUACGAAAGUCAAUCCGUCACCACUUUCUUGGCUCCAGACGCUUAAAACUUGGUUAUGACAUCUUGACAUGGGCUUUCACCCAGUUGGCCAUCAGCUACACCUUCAUGCCUUUUCUGCUCUUGGCAGUAGAACCAACCAUGGUGUAUUACAGGUCCAUGUAUUUCCAUAUGCAUAUCAUCAGCAUCCUGGCUAUGUUUGUCCUGUAUCCCAAACUCAAAAGCAAAGCCUCUUCUGAAGCCACAAAGACCUCUACUCAACGUCUGCCUGUCUACUGCAACAACAACGACAAAACAAGCUGA